AUGCCAAAAUACGAAUUGAGAUUUGAUUUAUUGUCGAAAUCGAGAACAAAUAAUACUGAACGGGCAGCGAACAUUUCUCAAGAAAAAAAUCAUAUUGAGGAGCAAGCAAACAUUGACGAAGAUCUUCAGUUAGAAAACUCGAUCUCAGAUGAUGAAAUUUAUGAGAAUAAAAACAUCCAUUUUUCUUGUCCCGAUGAAAGUUAUUUUCGUAAUCGAGAUAGAUUUGAAUCGACAUCGUUCAGUGUCAAUUGUAUGGCAAGUGAUGGGCUCAAUAUAUUGUAUUCUACCAUUGAAGAUCCAAAACGCGAUCAUAUUGCAUAUUGCUACUUAGAUGAUACAAAUAGUAACUAUGGAGAGAUUGACCCAAGUCAAGUCUGGCAUCAACCACCAAUUGUCGAUAUAGUAUGGUGGAAUAAUAUCAAGAAAUUUAUUUGCGCAACAAAAAAUGGAAUUUAUUCGGUUGAGUAUUUAGAUCAAAGAUUUAAAAUUUUUAGUGUUAUAAGUAAUCUCCGUGUACGAGCAUGUGUAGCAGCUAACACUGAUCAUCUAUGGAUUCAUGCAAAAGACAAAAUCGACGUCUAUGAUAUAAACUUUCAAUUAGUAAAAUCAAUCAAUUUUAAGAUGCCACAAUCAUUAACAAGUCCUAGUUUCUGUUUAACUGAUAAUCUGGUUGCGUUUAUUUUGAUUCGCCGUGUAAACAAUAAUCGAUAUAUCUCACACAUUGAAUUCUAUGAUUUUAAUAUGAAAAGAAUGAAGCGAGUUCGUCUCGAAUCGAGCGAAACUGUAAGCAUGAUUCGAACUGACGGUAAUGAUCGGUUUUAUGUUGCUGUGGGGCAACAAAGAUUUUAUAUCAUCGCACCCAACGGAACGAAACAGACAAUUAAUCUGGGAAAACAAGCCAGCUGUCUGGCGGUAAUCAAUAGUCAAAAUAUUGUUCUUACUAAAAACUCACGUUCGGACUUAGAACUUGUGAGAUGCUAA